AACUGACUAUAGUAGAAUGCAGAUACUGCCCUUACUCAAUAGUAGUCAUGUUUCAUGACUGUUACAGUCAGUGCGGUUUUUGUUCUAGUUUAACUAAUUGCUAAAAAUAAUAAAUGGAGAUUCAAGUACGAUUUUUAAUGUUGUUGUGUUUACUACCAGACGUCACAAAUAGAUAAAGUUAUGGUUUUUAUCACUGCUGCCUUUGGGAAACCCACAGUGUGAUGCAUUUCGUUUAGUUACGGAAAGACGGUCGUGUCGUGGAACUGAAAUAAAUUUAUUACGAAACAACAUGUUUUCGGAAACUGAGGACCUAACCUCGGCAUUAGACUUAGAUAUUCUUGAUGAAUUCUUCAAUUUUAAUGAAUCGUCAAAUCAAUUGGAAUGUACACCGACUUGGAAACAUACUCCCAUGGUUCGGUGGACUGCCGAAGAUGUUUUGGAUUUCAUAAAAACUGAAAUUAUUUUCGGAUUCCUUGAAUCUUGCAAUCUAGAGAGAUUUAGAUGCAUCUCUGGAAAUAUAUUUAUAAAUCUGCAGGAAGAAUACUGUCAGAUUUUAGCAGAUUCUAAACCACUGGGUACGAUUAUCUUUGAAGCAAAGGAAAAUUAUAUAAGAAGAAAUCCGUUUAAGGAGGAGGAUUAUUGCAUCGCCGUAAAUAAGGAGUAUCCUCGGGAAUCUGAUGUAUACGAUAUUUUUGAAGAAAAAUCAUCUAAGCGAGUGGGAAGACCGAAAUCGGAAUGCAGACGAAAAAGAAAAGAGAGGUCUGAAAAACUUUGGGAAUUUUUGCUUCAUUUGCUACACGACAAAAAGACGGAACUCAUAAAAUGGGAAAACUACGAGGAGGGCACUUUUAAGUUUGUUAAAAGUGACACCGUCGCACGCCUAUGGGGUAGCAGGAAUCACAAUAAGACGAUGAAUUAUGAAAAAUUUACUAGGGCGAUGCGGUAUCACUAUAAGAAUAAAGUCCUACUACCUGUACCAGGAAAGAGAUUGGUAUACAAGUUUGGACCUCAUGCUAAGGGGUGGCAGAGUAGUUUCUCAUUUUCUUGAAAAAAUAUUAACAAAUUAAGAAAUACUCUGAUAUUAUCUAGUUUUGUAUUGUAUUUAAUUUAAAACAGUAUGUUAUGUAAGCAUAUUUCAGUGCUAUAUUUUUAGUAUUGUAUAAUGAUAUAAUUAUUGUUAAAUAAAUUUACAAGAAAGA